AUGGCCACAUUCAUGUGGGAGUACGACCGCCAUACUCGUCCGGCGUUCGGAGUUGCCCUUUUCAUUGGUCUAGGCUGUUUCAGUUCGCUUCUCGCAGGAUUAACGUCAUGGUGGGAGGGGCGAAAGGUCAAACGCAUCGAGGGUGCUUUCUUUGAAGCGACACCAGAUAAUGAGAAGCAGGAACCCAUAGAGAUAAUAGCCUAA